AUGGAGGACGACGAAGAGGAGGAGCUCACCGCCGCCACGCUGCGGGGCAAGCCCCGGCCGCCGCCCCUCUCGGCGCUGUCCGCCUUCAGCUACAUCCCGCCGCGGCGCCUGGACCCCAAGGAGCACAGCUAUUAUUACCGCCAGGCCAAGACAGGAGUCAUUUCCCUGUACGACUGUGUUUUUAACAAGAGCCCAGGCUACGACCAGAAACUGCACCGAGACGACAGAGAACAUGCAAAAAGCCUGGGACUUCAUGUGAACGAGGAGGAGCGUCAGCGGCCUGUGGGAGUGCUGAUGUCCUCGGUCUAUGGGAGGCGCAUACACCAGCCCGUGGAGCCCCUGAACCGGGACCACGGCCGAGCCAACCACAUGAAGGCUGACUUCUACAGGAAGAACGACAUCCCCAGCGUCAAGACGCCUGGCUUUGGGCACGUUUCUCCAGCCUGA